AUUUGUUCUAACUGAUGUGCCGUAGUUUGGAGGUCGUGGUGGGGAUUAAAGAUGGCGGCCACCUUGAGAAGAUGUUGUGGUUUGCUGAGGCCCCUGGUUCCACUUGUAGCUCAGGGCUGUGCUCGGGGGGCACCUGGCCUUGCUGCACAGAUGUCCAGCAAGUUCUCAACUCUCCACCUGAGUCGCCCCCUCCCAAAACCCACACUCAGCUCCUCUGGCUGGGUCUCAGGAGUUGGCCAGAAUCAUAUCCUGCCUUCAGAUGGCAUUAUCCAGAGAAUCACACCGCUGCUACCUGGCCUCACCCACCAGCCAGCUAGGAGCCUGACAUAUGUUAGCCUGAGGAAGGGGAAGAGGAAGUCGGUGAAGGCUGUGGUCAAGAGGUUCCUGCGGCUUCACUGCGGACUGUGGUUAAGACGGAAGGCUGGAUACAAGAAGAAGCUGUGGAAGAAAAAGCCGGCCAGAAAGCGCAGGUUAAGGCAGCACGUGUUUUGUAACCGCACCCAGUCCAAGCUCCUGGACAAAAUGACCACGUCUUUCUGGAAAAGAAGAAACUGGUACGCCAAUGACCCCUACCAGAAAUAUCAUGAUCGCACCAACCUCAAAGUGUAGGAAACUGCAGCUGCUGCUGUGUAUGUAACAAUGAAAGACUGUCCAGUAUUGUUGUCAAGUCAAAUCAAACUUCCGGGAGAGUUGAAAAGCCAAAGUAAAAGUCAUUUUGUUUCAUUUCAAACUCUCUACCUGAAAAAACUCAACUAUUCACCUUUACCUUUGAAGGUCAGUGAUCAGCGUUAUGCUGCCUCCCUGCCUGUAUCAUCAUUUGAAAGCCGGAGGAUUUUGUGGCUGUCUACUGAAAUUGUGUCAGAUUAAAAUUCAGGUUCUCUGAGGUGUGGAAUUCCAUUUUCAGUGUGGAAGUUACUCAAUUAAAUUUAAUGUCUGGUUGCAUAUAUUCUAAAUUGCCCCGGUAGAAAAAUAAACAACAUAAGUAAAAAAGUGCAGUAUAAUUGCUUACGGGAAAUGGCAGAUUGAAGAUAUUCUAUUACGGUUUCAUUUGGAAAGCCCGUUCAUUAAUUUAUAUCAUAAAAGGAAUGGCAAUGCUGUGAUUUUAUUGUUGCAUGUGUCUGGUAUUCUCUAUUAUUCGUAUUCUUAAAAUGUUUAUCGAUUUCGUAUUCAUAUUAAAAGAAAGCACCCAAUUCCAACAGA